CAAGCUUGAUGUGUCGGCGGUUGGAAUGUACAGAGCAGUUGUGAAAGUGGGCAAUAUGACAAGAGGAACAAGUAGGGCUGCCGGUUUUGUCUUCAUUUUGCCCUAGAGUUCUGCGGGAAGUGAACUUUGAAGAGGAGAUGGAUGGUAAUCUUCAGUAUGAGAGCUGACGGUGAGGUGCUGAAGGUGAGGUGCUGAAGGGAGAGUGCUGAAGUGGAAGGACAGUCUCGGGAGAUUGAGGGGGAGUGUCCUCGCUAUGGUGCAUCGACCUAGCUGUCAGGCUGUGGUGGCGCAGCCUGAAAACUCACUCCUCUCACCGGUGCAUUGCCCCCCUGUUCUCGUCUCAUGUGCUGUUUCCAUAGUCUUCGGCUCCCCCACACCCUCUUCUCUGACUGCUAGCAUUCACCUCUUGCGCAUUUCUCAAAGCCUUCAGCAUCCCAUCGUACGUCUACCGCUAUCCUUCGACAUAAUGCCACGGUCGUCGUGUCAUUCGAGUCGUUCUUGUUAUUCUCCAUCGUCCGAUGGUCCUGAAUAUACAACCAUGAGCCCGAUCACCCACAAUACUGCAUACAGCUACGACUACAGUCACGAUUAUACCAGUGACUUUGGCAGAGUGGAGCGACAGUACGUGGAUGGAUCUUGACACUUGGCAAUCCUCGGAUUGCACGACCUCACAGGAGUGGUACGAUCAAAUGCCGUUCGAUCUGUGUAUGACCGGAGCUCUGUUUGUCGCGGCUACCGUAGCAGCGGUGCCGAUGGCGCAGUAUCAUCC